UUAUUAUGCAUUUGGCGCCAAAACAGUUAACGUAAAACCCUAAUCUGUGUGCAGCAGCAAUCAAUGGCCCAGGCCUGAAACAAUUUAUAAGUAAGGAAGCCCCCCCGGUGGUUAUCGGAAGGAAGGAACCCUAAUCUAUCUAUCUAUCUGUAAUCAAUGGCGGCCAUGGAUAUGGAUGUGGUGAAGGAGCUUCACCGUAGUAUCAAUGAAGGAGACGAGAGUAAGAUCUGCAAGUUGUAUCGGGAGCUAAUGACGUCGGAUUGUUUGCCUUCUCUUGAGGAAGUUGAUCAGGCGGUGGGCAACAAUUUCUUCUACACGCUGUACGCAGAGAUCUGGUAUCGCCACCCCGGAUCAUCUUCAAUUCCAACUUUUCCCCAGAGGCUUGCAUCUUGGCAUAAGUACCGCUGUCUCUUUCAGGAUCUCAUACCUUGGAUUUCGGAUGCGCGGUUUCCUUACCAGUGGUUGUGGGACAUGGUAGAUGAGUUUGUGAAUCAAUUUCAGUCCUUCUCUGAGUUACGGGCCAAGGACCCGACGAAACUAAAAGAAUAUUACGAGGAUUGGAGUGUGCAUCAUGUUCUACUUCUUUUGGAACGGUUGGCGGAGCUGUUUCCAAAGCUAGAGGAAAAAGAUGUGGCCGGAGAGCUGAUGAGAGCAGCAGCAGCAGGUGGUUGUUGUGAUUCUGAACAUGUGUCAAUAGCUAUGGGCUACUUCAGCAAGGUUGCUUUGUUAAGAGUCCAUUGUUUAUUGGGAAAUUAUCAAACUGGACUCGACUGUAUGCGUCCUAUGGACAUAACUCAGCGAGGAUUUUACACCAGACAUAUUGCCACUCACAUCACAACCAUCUAUCAUUAUGGCUUUGCUAAUUUUAUGUCGGGGAGCUACGUAGAGGCCAUACGUGAAUUCAACGAAAUUCUCAAGACUGAGCAGCAGCAGCCUCAACAGAAUGAGCAGCGAAUUCUAGACAAGAUGCGUGAUCUGCUUGCAGUCUGCCUCUCACUUUGUCCUGAGGUUCAACUCGAACUUGUUGAUGAACGUCUCGGCUAUCAACUAAUGAAAAACCAUGGUGAAAAUAUAGUCAGAAUGCAAAGCUGUGAUGAUGCUGAUGCCAAAGCCGUUUUUAAGGAGCUUCUCUCACAUGCAUGGCCCAGAUUCACCACAUCCUUUGCACCAAGCUCUGGUGACCCGCGUGAAUUUUUUAGCAUGGAAGAACUUGAAGAACUUGUCCCUGAAGGUGAGGAUGGAGAGUUUUUGGCAAUUGUAUUUCCCGAUUUUUUCGGACCCUCUGCCCCAAGCUAUGUCUCGCCACUUGCAAAUUACGAGGAGCUUGAUGCAGUGAUUGAGAAUAUGUUGAAAUCAAAACGGUCCAAACCAACAUCCACUACCGAACCAUACGAGUCCGAUGCUCGUACUACUAUUAAUCUAAACGACGACUUCGACGAAUUUGAACAACCGCAAGAGCUGCCACAACCAAAGGAUAGGGAUAGAAGUAAGGCAGCUGCACGAGCACGAGGCACAUCUUCUUCAAUGCCAUCGGAUGGCCCGUCAAAGUUGGACGAGUUCGACAAUAGACUCAACAAGCUUCUCUCGAUUAUGGAAAAGGAGCAAGAACUAAAAAUGGAGAAACAAAUCCAGAAAGACAUGGGAUUUCUCGCGAAAGACUUUUCACAUCUAGCAGAGGAGGACCGAGUCAUUUUGGAGGCUCGUAAGGCACAAAUUCGAGCGAAAUAUAUCUAGUUUUUAUUUUCUAGUACUUUAUUUUUUAGAGUGAAUUGCAAAUUUUGUC